UCCUAAUCGAACCGGAAGCCUCUUUAAACAUCUCAAUUUUAGGUUAUAAAGUCUCCACUCUUCUCUUCACAAAAACACUAAUAACAGUGGUUCAAUUUACUUCAAUUGAAUUGAAUGAUUCCUAAAAACCAAAGGACAAUAAUUUUUUCGAAUCAAUGUUCCAUCGGAUCCCAAUUAACACCACAUUAAUAAACAAUUUAAAAUGCAGUGGGAGACAUUUCUCCAGGCGAUUCACCGUAAACUCCGGUCAACUAACUCGAAAGAACAAAUAUACAAAUCAAAAACGGAAAGUGAAGUAAUUUCCUUAAUUUCCAAAAAUCAUGACGUCGUGGAUUUAAUUUCCUCCUGGCUGGACAACCAGUGCAAACACAAAUCCUCAAAGUCCUCUAAAUGUGCCAAAAAAUUUAAAGACAUUGGAAAUGAUUCUUUCAAGAGAAGAGACUACAUUAAAAGUCUUUCCUCAUACACAGAAAGUGCGAAAUUUUCAUCAGUGAAUAGAGAUGAUUUUUCUGUAGCGGUUGCCAAUAGAUCUGCAAGUCUAUUUCACAUGUGCCGGUACAAGGAGUGUCUCGAGGACCUUGAAGUGGCGAUUGAGGCAGGAUAUCCCCGAAAACUCGUGUAUAAGGUUCAUCUGAGAGCUGCCCAGUGUUAUAUUAAAUUGAGGAAAUCCGAAGCUGCAGAGGAUGAAAUUAGGAAAGCUAGAGAUGUAAUUGUUUCUGACGAAAGUCUCACUGCUACUGUCAAAGAAACUCUGUUGAAACAGGUGUCUGCGCUAUCUCUCGAUCUCCAAAAAAUAUCUCCAUCAACAAACUUAACUAAAAAUGAUCCUCCAGAGGUGAUAACUCCAGAAAAAUUGAUAGAAAUUAAUGCAAAUUUCCCGUCAGCCUCGCCCUCAAUGACUCGAGAUCAUUCGCCAACUCGAGGGAGGUUCAUAACUGCAACGAAACCGAUAAAAAAGGGAGAGAUACUAUUCGUGGAGAAGCCCUUUGCAUUUGUCCCUCUGGACCACGAGACUUCGAAUUUAGUGUGUGGAAAUUGCUGUGGAAGAUUUUCCGACAUUUCUUAUCCAUGCAGGGGCUGUGUCGAGGUUUCUUACUGUUCUCCGAAGUGUUGGAAGGAGUCCUGGGGGCUGUACCAUCGAUGGGAAUGCCCUGGGUACGAAAUGGGCAUCUGGAGACAGAUCGGAAUUGCACAUUUGGCCAUUAAAGUUUUAUUGGUCUCUGCCACUACUGAAGAUAUUGAGAAAUUUAAUGAGGUGCAGAAACUUGUGACGAACAUUGAGAAGUUGUCGGAUGAUGAUUUAAUGGUUUAUAGCAUUACUGCUCUCAUGCUCUCUCAAUAUCUCCACGAUCACACUGACUUCCAGCACCAAGUGGACCUGAAAAAAUCAAUAAUUGAAAAAUUGACAAACAACGAAAAUGGAGUGACUUUCAAAAUUUCCACUUUGUCCGAGAAAAGAAAAUUCCUCGCCAGUUUACUGUUGCGUCACAUUCUCCAGCUAAUUGCCAAUGGCCACGCAAUCACGCAACUAAAUUUAAUGAAUACACCAAAAGGCAAUAUCGUUGAUGAACAACAGCAGAGAAUUGCCGUUGGGAUUUAUCCAUCCGUCAGUAUGAUGAAUCAUUCCUGCGAUCCAACAAUUAUGAACACUUUCUGGAACGACUAUUUAAUCGUUAAAUCGAUGAAAGACGUCGGAAUUGGGGACGAAAUCUUCAACUGCUAUGGACCGCAUUUCCGUCGUAUGUCGGUGGAGGAGCGUCAGAGGGCCCUAAAAAGCCAGUACUGCUUUCAAUGCAAGUGUCUGUCAUGCACAGAUACCGAUCUGCAAUGCUUUUUGGAUCGUUUUACUGCAUUUAAAUGUUCCUCAUGCUCGGGUCCCCUGACCCCCGUCAACAAAGCCUUCUCCUGCCUGGACUGUCACAACUCAACGAAGAUUGAUGUGGCUUCGCAAACGAAGGAUUUGGAAACAGCACAAGACCUCUUCGCCUCGUCCCAGGACCUCCUAGACCUGGAGAAAUUCGAGGAAUCCAAGAAAAAACUCCUUCAAUGUCUAAACAUCCGCAUGAAAAUCCUAUUCAGGCACCACGAGGACGUAGCAAUAACCCUAGACUCUCUGGGAAAGGUAUCAGUGAUAAUGGGUCAAUGGUUGGAGGCAAUAUCAUAUCUUGAGGACAGCAUAAUCACAGUUGAGGAGAAAUUCGGCGGAGACAGUAUCGAAGUUGCUAACGAGUUAAAUAAAAUCACUGACGUUUGCAUUCAAUACCUCCAGAAGGACAUGAACAGAAGGUCGGAGAUUUACAAGGGUACACUGAAGAAGACACAGAGGUUUCUAGAUCGCGCUGAGGAGAUAACGAAUCUCAUUAGCGGGCCUUGGGACAGUGCUUGCAUGGAAUUGAGGGAGAAGAAGGAGGAGCUAGAGGGAAUGUACGAGUGUCUUCAUAUUUGAUUUAAAAGGAGCAAUGAAUAAAUAAUUCCAAUUGGUUCCAGGGAGGUAUUUGGAAGACAUUAUGUGGGGUAGGGAUGACUGUGAUGGCGAUAGUUCGUUUCGUGGAUUGUGAUGAAUUUUCUCGGUGAUAAUUAAUAAGUAGAAUGAGUCACUAACACAAAAUAUGACGAUGAAAAUACCUCUCUAGUAAGAAGUCUUAGAAGGGAAUGCCAAGAGAAAUUGUUCGCAGAGAAUUUUCUCAGCUUAAAUUUUGAAUAAAUUUCCGAUUGUCAAUUGAAAUUGUGUAAUUUUGUGAAAUUGUGUCACAUAGGUUCCAUGACCACAAAACAAUUUAAACACGAUCAUCUAACGAAAAACAAAUUUAACAAUAAAUUGAUCAAAAAACAGCAAAUGAUUUCAACCGUUUGUUUAUUGACUAUCAUUUUAUAUAUCAAUAGUCCAAAAAUUGUUAUUGAAAAAAAAACGAAUUUAAAAACUCAAAAACAGUUUUGCACAUUUAUACAUUAGCAGAUGUGCGCAUAGAAAUUUUACACAUCUGAUUUCUGUACACUAUCAUUUUACACGUACACAUCAUAUUUUUUACGCCAACACUUUUUGUUCCCCGCAAUGUUUUGCACAGAACAGAACUAUGUCGACAGUUCUUCAGAUGCUUAUGUACACUUAUAGACCGGCAUGAAUCAUUACUUUAGUAAUAUUAUGAGAAGUUGCACCUUACAAUAAUCAAGUUUUUACUUAUUUUGAGUGAAAUUGGAAAAAUAAUAUAACAGUUAGUAAUUUAAAUUUCUCAAUUAUUGGUUGAUCAAAUAAU